CUGUCUCUGUCGCUGCUGUAGUUUAGCUUCGUGUGCUUUAGUUUAACUUUCCUCUUUACUUGGUUUAAUUUGAUCUUUCCGUCAGGAUGCUGUCCGCGCGCUCCCCUCUCUCUGUCAGGAACGACAACUCUCUGAGCGACAAGAUGAGCGACGUCCAUCUUGGCAAAGAAAACACGCCUCCGAGUCUGAGCAGCAGCCGGGUUCUGGCCUCCAAAACGGCGCGGAAGAUCUUCAGCGAGGCUCCGUCCAAAGCUGUGAAGAGCGGCGCUGAGGAAGAGGAGCCGCUGCUGAAGGACAACCCCCGCCGCUUCGUCAUCUUCCCCAUCCAGUACCACGACAUCUGGCAGAUGUACAAGAAGGCAGAGGCUUCGUUCUGGACGGCCGAGGAGGUGGACCUGUCCAAGGACCUGCAGCACUGGGAGUCUCUGAAGGACGAAGAGCGCUACUUCAUCUCCCACGUGUUGGCCUUCUUCGCCGCCAGCGACGGCAUCGUCAACGAGAACCUGGUGGAACGUUUCACUCAGGAGGUUCAGGUAACGGAGGCCAGGUGUUUCUACGGUUUCCAGAUCGCCAUGGAGAACAUCCACUCUGAGAUGUACAGCCUGCUGAUCGACACCUACAUCAAGGAGCCCGCGGACAGAGAAUACUUGUUCAAUGCCAUCGAGACUCUGCCAUGUGUGAAGAAGAAGGCCGACUGGGCGCUGAACUGGAUCGGGAACAAGAACGCCACCUACGGGGAGCGUGUGGUGGCCUUCGCUGCUGUGGAGGGGAUCUUCUUCUCCGGCUCGUUCGCCUCCAUCUUCUGGCUGAAGAAGCGAGGCCUGAUGCCCGGUCUGACCUUCAGCAACGAGCUCAUCAGCAGAGACGAGGGUCUGCACUGCGACUUCGCCUGCUUGAUGUUCAAACACCUGCUGAACAAGCCGACCUCUGACACCGUCACGAAGAUCGUCAGGAACGCCGUGGAGAUCGAGCAGGAGUUCCUGACUGAGGCUCUGCCCGUGAAGCUCAUCGGGAUGAACUGCGAGCUGAUGAAGCGGUACAUCGAGUUCGUGGCCGACCGGCUGCUGCUGGAGCUGGGCUUCUCCAAGGUGUACCGCGCGGACAACCCCUUCGACUUCAUGGAGAACAUCUCUCUGGAGGGAAAGACCAACUUCUUCGAGAAGCGGGUCGGGGAGUACCAGAGGAUGGGGGUCAUGUCGGGCCCCACAGACAACACCUUCAGGCUGGACGCAGACUUCUGAGACCAGCGCUGGUUGGACACGUGGGACGACCUGAACUCUAACCAGAGCUGCGUCUCCAUGAACUGAUGAUUUCAGCCGAUGGGAGCGCAGCAACAUCUGGACCAGAACCUCCUGUACAUAACCCGACCUGCUGGGCUUCUGCUUGUUGUUUUCUUGUUUACCUCCGGACAG